UUGACAGAACGAUUUGACUAAGUACUAUUAAUACUUACAUCACUAACUCCACAAACUGUACACAUCUUGGUCAUUAAUAUUAUCUAUGCACCCUAAAGGGCAUGGGCCUUCCCCGAGAGCCACAAACAAAGAUUUCGUCACCCCAUACGUUGUCGCUUUCUUUUACACAAUGUAAGAGUGAGAUCGAUAAACUCGUCCGUCUUCAAGCCACUCCGAACGAAACCCGAAAAUAAACGAUUGCGAUUGCGCAGUCGUAGUUUGGACAUUGAAGAACUGAGUAAUGUUUUGUUUGGAUUAUGGUUUUAUCUAAACUACAAGUGCUUUUUCGUAACAAUAACUAUGGGGCUUUCUACAUUACAAAACGAUUUUGCAAUUAUAGCAGUGUUUGACGGUAAUAUAGUGACUGUGUUUCCAAAAACUGAGCGAAAAUCAAAGUGGUGUGUUAAUUGGAUCACGGAAACCAAAUUUUGGUACUUAGACAAAGACCAUGCUUACGAUUAUCGAGAAGGAAUAUUUGUAGAUGUUGCCCGUGACGAAGGCGAUUAUUGGAAAAUAACUUCGAAUCGGAUAGAAUGGCUUUCCACGGCCUUCUCCGUAUUUCCAGAUCCGAAAGUAAAAAGUGAUGAAGUUCAUGAAAAUUUACAAGAAAAACUGGAUAAAAAACUGAAUAAAAAGACAGAUGUACAGGAAGAAUCAUGCAUGAUAACUAUAGAAAAUCUACAUCUAUGGAAACAAAUGAAGAAACAUUACCCAGUGCAAGUACGACCAAUAAACUUUGAUCCAAAUUGGCCUAAACGGUGUUUGGCUUUAGACCCAAGUUUCUUUUUACCGUCGGCCAAUGUGGAACAGAGCAAAUUGAAAGAAUUUUCUAUGGAAGAUGAAUACCUAAUGGAGCCUUAUAUUAAAAAAACCCAGAUGAGAAGUGGUUCCCUACCUAUAGUUGUAUACCUAACAGAAGUAGAGGUUCUUCUAUGUACUGUUUUUUUUUUUAGUUUAGGAAAGGGUUCGUUUUGUUCGGAGUUCCUUUUUUUCAAUUUAAAUUUAAUAAUUCAUUACUAUAGAGGCCAGGAAUCGAAGGGUUGUAGGCCAAGUAGAUAUAGACGACCAAGCGUAGCUAGGCGUAGGAUACGCGGCCGGCAACGCAGUUUCUCGACGAGAUUGGUAUAGUGUUUUUCUCAAACUUGUAAUGAAAUGGAAAUUUGUUUUAUUCGUAAGUUUACACAGCUAAAAACAAAUUACGAAUCUACUAUUAUUUUAUGGUUGAAUGCCAAGCCGUUGUGUCACAAU